AUGGUUGUCGACUAUCUCCCCGAGUAUGAGGUGGAGGAGCACCAUUCCCCCCUUCAGGUCGCCAUCCCUCCAUUCGCUGGUCGAGUUGGAGGAAAUCAAGACUUCAUCGUGGAUCGAAAUGAUCCUCGCAACACGAAGGUCUUGGAGAAAGUCCCAGACGCUGCACCGCAUAUGACUCUGGCUGAAGUGUUCGACUUUCGUGGUUUCCUCAGUGCGGACUUUUGGAAGUGGGCGAUGCUCGAAUGCGUAGCCAGCAUGAUGAAUGUCUUCAUCACGGCUUGGGUGACGACUCAUCCCCCCGCUCCCGUCACGGCACCGAAGACAGAAGUGGGCAUCUACCACACGUUGACCUUCUUCUCGCCGCUGUUCGGGGGCAUCACGAACCUUUUGUUGACGCCACUGCUCAUCUAUACGUUCUCCCCGUCGAGUGGGGGCCACAUCAGCCCAACCAUCACCAUGGCCACGUUCUUUGCCCGGAUCAUUUCCUUCCCUCGUAUGAUUCUUUAUCUUGCUGGUCAAACGUUCGGGGGUGCGUUGGCCGGGCUUGCGUUGAACAGUGCGUAUGGAACGCGGGAGUUCACCGUUGGGGGAUGUUACAUCGACACGGAGCUAGUGCCGGUCAAAGACGCGUUGAUCAUCGAGUUCAUGGCGUGCUUGAUCCUUAUCUUUUUGGCCUUUGGGGUCGCGUUGGAUCCGCGACAGGCCAAGAUCUUUGGCCAUGCAACGUCGCCGUGGUUUGUUGGCAUUGUCCUUGGGAUCGUCUCCUGGGGCACAGCCUGGACGCGUCCCGGAUACAUCGGUGCAAGUAAGUAUAGCUCAAAUUUGUAUGGGCCCAACGAUAAGCGGACAUGA